AUGAAUGUCUCCUGGCCCCCGAUAGAAGGUGCGAAACGGGCCGUUGGUCCUCUAGAUUCUACGACUCUCACGGAGCUCACGAAAAAGGAACUACAUGGACAUGUGUUAGCCCGGAAUCAACAGAUCUUGCUUCGAAUCGAGAAAGACCACAUUAAGUAUCCUAUCGUUCUUCGAGUUGUCGACCUCAAAGCUUAUGUGGUGGGCCAGACACGGCCAGAGCGGGAAGAUCAGGACUUUCACCACGAGCACACGAAUGGUCUCUUUUCACAGGAAACGAUCAGUCGCUUUGUUUCGAACACGAUAAAAAUUGAUGCAUACGUGUCAUUUCCAAAGGUCGAAGUGAAUAUACGAGACGAUGUUCUUCCUGAAGAAUUCGGCAUUGGCGGCCUGGGCCCUGAGUUCCAGACGAUCCUUCGACGCGCUCUAGCGUCACGUCAAAUUCCAAAGACCGAAUUCAUGAAAUUGGGCAUCAAACACGUCCGUGGUAUCCUUUUGCAUGGUCCUUCGGGUACUGGUAAGACUUUGAUUGCGCGCAAGAUCAGUCAGAUGCUUGGCGUCCACAAGCCAAAGAUCAUCAAUGGCCCGGAAAUCAUGAAUAGUUUUGUCGGCAAAUCAGAAGAGAAUAUGCGGGAUAUUUUCGCGGAGGCGCAAGAUGAUGAUAUAAAACUCGGCAUGGAAAGUAAGCUGCAUCUCGUCAUCUUUGACGAGCUGGAUGCUAUAUGCAAAUCAAGGGGCUCCGAAGGAGGUGGGGGCGCGCGAGUUAACGACAACAUGGUCAACCAGCUAUUAGCGAUUCUCGAUGGUGUUAAUUAA